GCCUGAGGCCCCUCCAUCCGCGUCAUUCCUUUUCCCCUCCAUCUUCAUGAUCUUGAUCGUUCAACGUCGAUUUUCUUCUUCAAGGGGAAUAUCAGUGGAGUAAACCAAGUAGAGAGAUAGAUGCAAAGUGCAAUUCCAUCCUGUUCGUGAAUUUCUCUGCGUUCGUCCCAUCCCAACAGAAAAAGAACUGGGGUGAAAUCAUACUGAUCGCAUGUCCCCACCAUACCCGGUCAAGCCCCUCCCAUUUGGUUUUCUCUUACCUAGGUAGGCCUUGGGUAGUCGUAGCUGGCCUGGGUCUUCAGUCUUUGCCCCUCAUUUUUCGUUUCUGCUGUUUCUGCUGGUUUCGUUGUCCGGUAAACGCCCACCCUCUCCCUAUUAAUACUUCUAUCCCCCUCCUCUCUUCUCACGAACCUUCGUCUGUUUCUAUUCUCUACUUUAACACUACCUUAAUUCUUCUAUCUACCACUCACUUUUCUACACACAUACCCCCCUCAACUCAAUCACAAUGGGUCUCUUGGAACAGCUCUCCCGCAAGUCCGGCGUCAUCGUCGGUGAUGACGUUCUCCGUCUCUUCCAGUACGCCCAGGAGAAGAAGUUUGCCGUCCCGGCCAUCAACGUCACCUCCUCCUCCACCGUGGUCUCCUCCCUCGAGGCUGCCCGCGACCAGAAGUGCCCCGUCAUCCUGCAGAUCUCCCAGGGUGGUGCCGCCUACUUCGCCGGUAAGGGCGUCGACAACAAGGACCAGGCCGCCUCCAUUGCCGGUGGUGUCGCCGCCGCCCACUAUAUCCGCAGCAUCGCCCCCACCUACGGCGUCCCCGUCGUCCUGCACACCGACCACUGCGCCAAGAAGCUGCUGCCCUGGUUGGACGGUCUGCUCGACGCCGAUGAGGCCUACUUCAAGCUCCACGGCGAGCCCCUCUACUCCAGCCACAUGAUCGAUCUGUCCGAGGAGGACGUCAACUACAACAUCCAGACCACCGCCGCUUACCUCAAGCGUGCUGCCCCCAUGAAGCAGUGGCUCGAGAUGGAGAUCGGUAUCACCGGUGGUGAGGAAGACGGUGUCAACAACGAGGAUGUUGACAACAACUCGCUGUACACCCAGCCCGAGGACAUCCUGGCCAUCCACAACGCCCUGGCCCCCAUCAGCCCCUACUUCUCGAUUGCCGCUGGAUUCGGCAACGUGCACGGCGUCUACAAGCCCGGCAACGUCCGCCUGCACCCGGAGCUGCUGCAGAAGCACCAGAAGUACGUGCAGGAGAAGCUGGGCGCCAAGAGCGACAAGCCCAUCUUCUUCGUCUUCCACGGCGGCUCGGGCUCCUCCAAGAACGAGUACAAGGAGGCCAUCGGCUACGGCGUCGUCAAGGUCAACGUCGACACCGACAUGCAGUACGCCUACAUGACCGGUGUCCGCGACUACGUCCUCAACAAGAAGGACUACCUGAUGACCCCCGUCGGCAACCCCGACGGUGCCGACAAGCCCAACAAGAAGUACUUCGACCCCCGCGUGUGGGUGCGUGAGGGUGAGAAGAGCAUGAGCAAGCGUGUGCAGGAGGCCCUGGAGGACUUCAACACUGCUGGCCAGCUGUAGACAGUUUUUUUCUUUUUAGUUUCUCUUUUCUGUUCUUGUGUUAUGUGUCUUCCAGGCAUUGGUAAUGUGAUGGGAUAGUGGCAACGUGUGAUGAGAUCCGAUACCAGUACAUACAAAAUUUGCAAAUAAAAAUUGCACAAUCUGUUUAA